AAAGCAAAGCAAACUACAGGAGGGGACAGGCUGCAGGAUAUUUACUGUCAAUACAGCCGGAGAGAGAGGAGAUAUAAGGAGAGGGGAGGAGAGGGGAGCAGAGGCUGCAGACUGCAACCCAAAUGAAUGAUCUGAGUGUAAAAAUACCCAUGCAGUUUCAGACAGAAAGUGGGUGGAUUGAAGUCAACAAGGGAUAGCUGAGAGUGUUUAACAAAUGGUUUAGUGAAGGGCUAGUGAGGCAGGAAAGUACUUGUGGCGCACAGAAUAAUAAUGCUGUGCACGAGCAUACUGAAUCUGCAGUGCAAUCUGAAGGGCACUUCCAGAUCUGCCCUGAGACAGAGCAGUAGCUGGGAUAUUUUUGUGUGUGCCUGCAUGCAAGACCCAUCAUUUACAAAGGAAUUAGGUGACCCGAGCUUCACAGGGCAAGAAGGCUCUGAGCAGCUUGCUCUGAGUAUCCCUCUACUUCCAGAGGCAGGUGAACGAGUGAAGAGUGAAUUCACACUUUAGAGAGCAGCGAAGACCAUCUUGCCAUGAAACCAUUCACAGAUGAAGAUGUAGAAAUCUACAUCCAGAGCAAGGUAGAACAGCGACAUUAUCUGGUUUCCAAAACAGUGGAGGAGGUGCAGAAAAUCAUCCAGCAACUGACCACAGAAAUCAGCUAUAAGGCCACACGAUUCCAGGCGAUCUCCAACUCUGGCAUUCACAAUGAGAAUAUUAAGGAUCAGCCAGCUUUACUGGCCAAGUGGUCAGCUAUGCUUCGGGGGAAGCGCCCAUUCCACCCAUCCAUCCAGGUCUUAGCACCCAGCCAGUUCCUCAUCACAGUCCCUCUGCGUGGCCUGGCCGGGUACAGGGAAUGCCAGGUACGGCACUGGCGUUAUUACACCGUGCACGGAGCCAAGCUCCUCUCCUCCGUACGGGACCCCGAGGAAUUGCAUCAAUGGCUAGAGGUGGAGCAGUUCUCAAAAAGCCUUCAGCAGUGGCAUGAAACGGAUGUGAACAUCGAAGGUGAUCUGGUUCCAGCCAAAGUGCUUAUCGUCUUCCGGGAGCUGGUGGAGAAGUCGAUUAUCUCCUGUAACCUCUCCAGUAAAGUGACAGUGCUGGAGAGCUUCAGCUCAGUGGUCCGGGUGGCUGUGGAGACAUCAGAAUCCCAGGUCGAGGUGGAGCUGGUCCCUGCUGUGGAGAUUCCAACUUGCUGGCCCGAGAAAGCCCGGUGGCCUCGUUGCCUUAAGCGUUGGCCUUCCCAGGAAAAAGUGCAGUGCAUCAAGUCGCUUGGUUUCGACCUUUUGGCCCGCUCCAAUUAUCACUGGCAGCUGUGUUUCUCCCGCGCUGAGCAUAUACUCAUGGAAGGACUUGAUGAAGAUGGUGGUUGUCGCAUGAAGUGCUUCAGGGUCAUGAGGCAGAUGAAGGAAGAUGUCUGGUGUGCUGGAAAUAAACCUGUCAUCACAGCUUAUCACCUUCAGACAGUGCUAUUCUGGACGUGUGAAAAAUACCCACGCACCAAGGAUUGGCGCUGCUUCCCCGAAGCCUUUCUGAGGCUGGUACAGAAGCUGCACAAGUGUGUAAGCCAGCACUUCCUCAAGCAUUACUUUGUCAAGAACACCAAUCUGCUCAAAUAUGCCAACACCAGUGACCUGGACCUGGUGGCCAGCAAGCUCGCGGUCUUCUUGGAGGACCCCGUCUUCUGCCUGGACUGAGGCAGGAAAAGGUCUACUCACCCCAACCCUGAGCUGAUCCCCCGCCUCCUCUCCCCGCCUGUGGUUGUUCUUCGUGUCCUUCCAGUAGAUGCUGCAGCUGGCUUUGUAAGACAGUUGGCACAUGCAGCGUGAAAGAGAAGUGUCAAGCUGGCAGCAGUGGGCGGUGAAAACUGAUGGGAGGUAUCGCUUGAUGCCCAGCUGAUCUAAUUUGCUUUCAACAGCGACAGCCUUCCUGGAAGCUACAGCCAGUGAAACCCAACUUUCUGUGUCAGUCAGAGCAGGCAACUGCCUCGUUCUCCGUCUCCAGUCUUGUGGCACCUAAGCAGAAAGAUGGUGCAAAGAAGUCUCGCUGGGCUGCCUACCCGCUGCGUAACCUAGCACAUGUAUUGUUGCCGCUUCCCCCUUCCUCGCAAGGGCAGCGGGUUUAAUUCCCCGGUUACCUCACAGGCCAGCUCUGCAGGAGAGCAGAGGAACAUUUCUGAAGUGUACUGAAGCUGGAGGCUUUCUCAGAGGCACUUUGAUGCCUCUAUCUCCAAUUAAAUGGGAUCCUGCUCCAGUACGAAGAUAACCGUGCUGCUCGUGUUGAAUAGCUCAAGGGAAGCAAGAGGAGGAACGGUGGUUUUUGCCGCCUCCUCGUUUUAUUCUCCUCCACUUCCAUUUUUCUUCCAGUUGCUUCAAAUAUGUUUUCUUCGUGUUUGCCUUUGCCAGUUGUGUUAGUGCCAUACAACCAGGGGGCUUUGCCAGAGCCGAGUUCGCUCCCACCCCUGGCUCCAUCCAGCAGGCUGGAGGCGGAGCAGGUCUUUCCCUAGUUGUUAGCACCCACAUAUUUUUGGGGUGGUAUACAGAAGGAGAAUAUUUUUCAAAAGCUGUUAGCUCCAAAACCCCCAGUCCUUUUAAUAUUAUGGAUGUUUAAAAAGAAAAUCGGUUUUAGUGUUUCAAAAGAACAAAGUUCUAGAAUGAGUGUAAAGAAUGUUGGUUUUAAUGUUAUUAAAUCACUGAAACUAAACCAAAGUGGGCUUUUUUUUUUUUUUUUUUCUCACACCUGCACAGGAAUGUAAAUAAGUAUCUCCUUUGCCAAGGGAGGUGGCAGAGAGAGGAUUUGCAGCCCAUAUUCCAGGGAGCUGCUGCAGUGCAUGGCCUGCAAGAUGACCAUCCGUGGCAGAGCAUCUCCCCCUUGUGUCAAAUUGUGGUCUAACCAUGCAUCUUUAGCACAGCCUCUGCUUUCUGGUUUAUUUUGUAUGCCGGAGUAUGUUCAGAAGUCCAUGGGGCCUGGUGGGAUUCAUCCCAGAGUACUGAAGGAGCUAGGGGAUGUUAUGGCAAGACCCCUCUCGAUCAUCUACCAAAGGUCUUGGGAGUCCAGGGAGGUCCCUGCUGACUGGAAGCCAGCCAGUGUUAUUCCAAUUUGCAAGAAGGAUGUGAGGGAAGAGCCCAGGGAGCUACAGACCUGUUAGUCUAACCUCUGUUCCUGGAGAAAUUAUGGAGAAGAUUAUACUGGGUACUAUCAAAAGGCAUUUAAAGAACAAUGCAAUCAUCAGGCACAGUCAACGUGGGUUCACAAAGGGAAAGUCCUGUUUAAUUCGUUUGAUAUCCUUCUGCGUUAGGGUCACCCGCCUAAUGGAUGAAGGGAAGGCGGUGGGCAUAGUUUUUUCUGGAUUUUAGUAAGGCUUUUGAUAUUGUCCCUCACAGCAUCCUUCUUGGACAAGCUGUCCAGCUGUGGGAUGAGCAGGUUGACGGUGUGCUGGGUGGAGAACUGACUGAAGGGCAGAGCUCAAGGGGUUGUAGGGAACGGGGCUACGUCUGACUGGUGACCGGUCACCAGUGAUGUUCCCCAGGGUUCAAUUCUAGGGCCAGUUCUGUUCAAUGUAUUUAUCAACGAUCUGGAUGCAGGAGUUGAAUGCACCAUUAGCAAGUUUGCUGAUGAUACCGAACUGGGAGGUGCAGUUGACUCUCUGGAGGGAUAAGGGGCCUUGCGGAGGGAUCUAGAUAGAUUGGAGCAUUGGGCUAUCAUUAGCGGAAUGAAAUUUAACAAGUCCAAAUGCCGGAUUCUGCACCUGGGACGGUGUAACGCCGGGCACGAGUGUAAAUUGGGAGAGGAGUGGCUGGAGAGCAGCUCUUCAGAAAGGGAUCUGGGGGGGCUGGUCGACAGCAGGCUCAAUGCGAGCCAGCGGUGUGUGCCCUGGGAGCCAAGAGGGCAACCUGCACCCUGGGGGGCAUCAACCACAGCCUGACCAGCCGCUCAAGAGGGGAUGAUCCCGCCGUAUGCGGCGUUGGUGCGGCCUCUCCUUGAGUGCUGUGUGCCGUUCUGGGCCGCGCAGUUUAAGAAGGACGUGAAGGUCCUUGAAUGCGUCCAGAGGAGGGCAACAAAGCUGGUGACAGGGCUGGAAGGCAUGUCCUCUGAGGAGCGGCUCUGGGCUCGUCUAGUUUGGAGAAGAGGAGGCUGAGGGGCGACUUCGUCGCUCUCUACAGCUUCCUGAGGUGGGGGAGUGGAGAGGGAGAUGCCGAGCUCUUCUCCCUGGGAUCCAGGGGUAGGACUCGUGGGAAUGGUUCAAAGCUGCACCGGGGGAGGUUUGGACUGGACAUCAGGGAGCAUUUCUUUACCGAGAGGGUGGUCAGACACUGGAACAGGCUUCCUAGAGAGGUGGUCGAUGCCCCGAGCCUGUCAGUGUUUGGGAGGCGUUUUGACAAUGCUCUUAACAACAUGCUUUAACUUUUGGUGAGCCCUGAAGUGGUCAGGCAGUUGGA